AUGUACGCCUUUCUUAAAAGAGCAAAUUUAAAACCUAAACCCCUGGUACAUUUUGACACUCUUAAUCUCUCAUUUCAAUCAACCAGUAAUGGCGAGUCAUUAUAUUAUAUUGGCCGGCUAGAUUUUAUUGCACAGAAUUGUUAUGGGGUUAUUUGUCACCCAAAGUGUCUGCGGCAGACUGAUUCUGUCGGAAGCCACAAGACACUUACACAUGAUGAGAAGCGAACUGAGGUUUUCUUUGAUACACCUACCGGAGAUAAUUUUCUACGAUAUAAUUUUCUAACUUAUGAGUUUGGAAAAGAUUUCAACUUUAUCUAA